GAUGAGGGUAACUUCCUGUUCCUGCCUUCCGGGUUUGAGAGUUUAGGACCCUGGGUUGGUGGGGUCAGAGGGAGAGGGGGUGCCUUCCUCCCGGACUGCUGGGGGUGCAGGGCGCCUUGGGUGUAGCACCCAGAACAGGUUUCUGAUCUCUAACUUGGCUGUGAUCAUUGUGAUGGAGCAAGAAAAAAAACUGCUGGUCUCAGAUUCUAACAGCUUUAUGGAGAGGGAGAGUUUGAAAAGCCCUUUCACAGAAGAUGCAAGUAUGAAUAAUUUGGAAACUGUUCACCACAGUAAUUCUAAGGCAGAUAAAGAGAAACCUUCAGAAUGGUCUAAAAGACAUAGACCACAACAUUAUAAGCAUGAGGAUGCAAAAGAAAUGCCACUGACAUGGGUUCAAGAUGAGAUUUGGUGUCAUGAUUCCUAUGAGAGUGAUGGCAAAUCAGAGAAUUGGGGAAAUUUUUUAGCUAAAGAGGAGGAAAAACCCAAUCACCAGGAAUGGGACCCAGGAGAACAUACCAAUGCCUGUGUCCAGCAGAAUUCAUCCUUUGUAGACAGACCCUAUAAAUGUUCCGAAUGUUGGAAAAGCUUCAGUAAUAGUUCUCAUUUGCGUACUCACCAGAGGACCCACUCAGGAGAAAAGCCUUAUAAAUGCUCUGAGUGUGCAAAAUGCUUUUGUAACAGUUCUCACCUGAUUCAGCAUCUAAGAAUGCACACAGGAGAGAAGCCCUACCAGUGUGGUGAAUGUGGGAAAAGCUUCACCAAUACCUCCCAUCUUAUUAUCCAUGAGAGAACUCACACGGGAGAGAAACCCUAUAAAUGUCCUGAGUGUGGGAAGAGAUUCAGCAGCAGCUCUCACCUUAUUCAGCAUCACAGAUCACAUACAGGUGAAAAACCAUAUGAAUGUUCUGUCUGCGGAAAAGGCUUCAGUCACAGCUAUGUCCUAAUAGAACAUCAGAGGACUCACACUGGAGAAAAACCUUAUAAGUGCCCUGAUUGUGGGAAGAGUUUUAGUCAGAGUUCCAGCCUCAUUCGCCACCAGCGGACACACACAGGUGAGAAGCCCUACAAAUGUCUUGAGUGUGGAAAAAGCUUUGGUUGUAAUUCUACUCUAAUAAAACAUCAGAGAAUACAUACAGGAGAAAAGCCUUAUCAAUGUCCAGAAUGUGGGAAGAAUUUUAGUCGUAGUUCAAACCUUAUUACACACCAGAAAAUGCACACAGGAGAGAAAUCCUAUGAAAGUUCUGAACAUGAGGAAAGUUUGAGUCAGAACUGCAAUGUGAUAGAAGAAUGCAGAAUCCAGUUAGGAGAGAAACCAUACAGAUGUUGUGAAUGUGGGAAGAGUUUUGGCCUUAGCUCCCAUCUCAUUAGACAUCAGAGAACACAUACAGGAGAAAAACCUUACAGAUGUUCUGAGUGCUGGAAAACUUUCAGUCAGAGUUCCACCCUGGUGAUUCACCAAAGGACACAUACAGGAGAGAAACCUUAUAAAUGUCCUGAUUGUGGUGAAUGCUUCAGUCAGAGCUUUAACCUUAUCAGGCACCGGAGGACCCACAUAGGGGAAAAACCUUACAAAUGUACCAGCUGUGAGAAAUGCUUCAGCAGAAGUGCCUACCUCAGUCAGCAUCGGAAAAUUCACGUAGAAAAGCCUUUUGAGUCUCCCGACGUUGGAGAUUUUCCUCAUGAAUGGACUUGGAAAAACUGUUCAGGGGAAAUGUCCUUCAUCCCUUCAUUUUCCGUCUCAAAUUCAUCUUCCUGAGUCCCAAAGCCUGGUUGGUGAUGGUUUUUUCUUCCUUGUUGGACCAUGACAAUUUAGGUAUUCUGUGAUUGUUGUGCUAUAAAGUUUCUUUGAUGUGUUUGUCAAAACAUUUGGAAAAAGUCAACCUCCCAGUUUAAAGGAUGGGAAGACCCCAAUCACCAGGUUAUUGGAUCUGUCCAAUGAGAGAUUCAUCCACCAAGGAUGAAGAGAGGAGGACUUUUAAAAAUUUAAGGUAAGAUAGUAAUAGCUUCAAAAGAACACGUACAGAGUAAUCCUGAGAGUAAGCAAAGGAACCAUGAGAACCUGAAGCUAGAAUUGCUAUUAAAUUACUUUAUUUUCUCUUCCCUUAUUGAGUAGAGAUACAUCAUUACUGGCCUCAGGGGUUUACCCAAAGAAAGGGUAUUUUUGAGCAAAUAAUGUGAUUUCCUGGCUAUUUUGUUGGGGCUUAAGAAGAGAUUUUUUUUUUUUCAAAUGCAUUUUUAGUCACUAAAAAUUAACUGUUGUACCAUCUAGAACUAUACUGUCCAGUACCAUAGCCUCUAGCCGUAUGUAGCUAUUCGUAUUAAGAUUAAUUGAAAUUUUAAAUCCAGUUCCUCAGUCACACUAGCCACUUUCUAAGUGCUCAGUAGCUCUGUGUGACCAGCGGCUACUGUAUUGGAUAUUAUAGAAGGUUCUUUCAUUCAAGAUCAUCAUUCUUGACAGACCCAUAAAUAUUUCCUAUAAAGACUGUAGAAGUGUGUUCUGGAGGGUUUGCUCUCCAAAAGGGAUUGUAAUAUAGAGUAGAAUUGGGAUAGAUUAUUGAAGACACUGGGUUUAGACAUUGGAUAUUUUAAUGAUUGUGUGUUCUAAUUCAUGUGCUGCCAACUGAGUUAUCUAGUGAUAUGACCUCACUGUCUUGACCAAAGCCAGAAUAGAAGGCAGGAUUCCUGAAUUCUAUCUUAAAAUUUGUAAUGAAGAGCCUUUUCCCUAAAUUAUCCCAUUAUGUAAUUCUUGGUCAGCUCAAGAACUGGGUUCUUUUUCUAAUAAUUAACUCACUAAAUCUGAGCCAGUGUCCAAGGACAGUUUGUCAUUAAGGAGUACUGAGACUUCUUAGCUUUGGUACUGACAGUUUUCUUUUGCCUCUUGACAUAAUUGGUAUAUGGAUCUGAUAACUGAGGUCCCAUCUUCCCUACUCAUUCCUAUGGGAAUGAUGCUUUGGAAAUUAUUAGAUAUAUCCUAUUCCCUUCCUCCCAUUUUUUUCCUGCUAGUGCAAAAGGUAGACGAGUAGGAAGAUUAGGAUUCCUGAGUUGCCCAUGAUUUCAUCUAAUUUUUGGAUUCAGAAUGUAUUUUAUGAAUAAUAUGCAGAGAUGCAUAUUAGGAAUGUGAAGCCAGAAUGGGUCAGUUGUAGCUGCUGCAAAGUUCUGUAGCUGAUGGUCAUUUAAUUGCAUGGGGAUUAUUUUAUCUUUCAUGAUUGUGGUGCACCUGAUGCUGGCAGGGUAUUUGUGUGUUUUUGUAUUGUUAUUUGAUUACAAAAAUAAAGCAAAAACUAACAAAUAAGGUAUUGAAGAAUUUGGGGGAAAUUUUCUGCUUUCAAAAAAGGGGGAAAACAUUAGGCAUUAUUGGCUUUUUAUUUUUUUUCUUAUUCAUUAUUAUUAUUUUUUUUUGAGAUGGAGUCUCACUCUGUCGCCCAGGCUGGAGUGCAGUAGUGCGAUCUUGGCUCACUGCAAGCUCUGCCUCCCGGGUUCAUGCCAUUCUCCUGCCUCAGCCUCCCGAGUAGCUGGGACUACAGGCGCCUGCCACCACGCCUAGCUAAUUUUUUGUAUUUUUAGUAGAGAUGGGGUUUCACCGUGUUAGCCAGGAUGGUCUCGAUCUCCUGACCUCAUGAUCCAGCUGCCUUGGCCUCCCAAAGUGUUGGGAUUACAGGCGUGAGCCACUGCACCCAGCCCUUAUUAAUUUUUUUAAGAGAUAAGGUCUCACACUGUCACCCAGACUAGUGCACUAGCACCAUCAUAGCUGACUGCAGCCUGAGACCCCUGGGCUCAAGGGAUCUUCCCAUCUCCGCCUCCUGAGUAGCUAGGACUACAAGCACAUGCCACUGCAGCCAGCUAAUUUUAAAAUUUUUGUAGAGACAGGGUCUUGCUACGUUGCCCAGGCUGGUCUUGAACUCCUGGCUUCAAGCAGUUCUCCUCCCUCAGCCUCCCAAGCUGCUGAGAUUACAGGUGUGAGCCACCACACCUGGCCCAUUAUUGGCUUUUGUGUGACCUCACCUGAGUAUUUUUCUAUCUUUGUAUGUUAUCUAGUAUUGCCCAAAUUUUCUUAAAUUGUAAUAUUUCAGGACAAGUUUUUAUGGUAACAGAUUAAUGCUUGAUAACUAAGGAGUUAUCAACUUAGGAGUUGGCUGAUAAACUUAGGAGUUUGCUGUUGAGGCUGAAAUUCAGUUACAAGGCAGCAGUGGUUGGGGUGAUACAAAAUCAAUGCUCUGUGGUAGGUAACCACUCUGAGUCUCAGUUCCCUCAUCUGUAAAGCAGAAAUAAUGCCUACCUUACAGGGUUACCAUAAACAUUAAAUGAAUGUUUGCAAAGCAUAUAGCACAGUGCUUAAACAUAGCAGGGUAUCAAUAAAUGAUAAUUAGUUGCUGCUAUUAUUAUUAAUUGAAACAAACUGAAAAAAAAAUGUUAUCCACAUGUUUUAAAAAUAGGAAGUAGUAGUACAGCCCCAAACUUAUCUUACUUGUAGAUUCUUUAUGAUCAACUUCAGGAAUUUUAAGGGAUAAAAUAUUGGAAAAGCACAGGACUAUAUUGUUUGCAGACUGUCUAAAACACUUUUAUUCACUUUGUAAGCAGCUAUAACAAAGAAACAGGAAAUUUUACUAAAUUUUCUUUUUAUUCACGAAACAAAGGAUUUGGUUUAACUUGGGAAAGAACAAAGUCGCAAGUUCAAUUUAAGUUAAUUUGCAUCUGAAGAGAUUAAUAACAGGUACAAUUUAUGUCCUGUCACCAUCACCUAUACAAUGUACUAUGAUGGCUGGCAAUAUAUAAAACCUAUUUCACAAACCUUGAUGUCUACCAGAAUAAAGAUGUUCAUGUCUUAGAUGGGUUAAGAUGGGCUCCAUUAGUAGAAAAAUUUGGCAAAAAUCCUUGUCUCUUUGGAUUGAAAAUGAGGAAAACAAGAGAUUUGUACCUUAUGAUGGAGAAGAUAACAUAGUCAAACGUAAUAUGUGAUACUUUUAUCUCAGUUUCAUUAAUCAGCAAGUAGGCUCUUUGUUUAGCUCCAUGAGAAAGAAAUUCUAUAUUCUCUAUUUUUCUUGUUAGCAUAAAGGACUCAGCAUGUGAAUAAAGAAAGCAUUCUUUA